AGUUUUCCGUGUUCAGUUUGUCAAUAACUUUUGGUUUGAUUCAGGUUCGGAAAGAUUUAUGUCUCCAGAGUUAAGAAAUUAAGGUACGAAAUUAAGAUAUGACAUAUGUCUGGAAAGGGGGAGAUCAUCCAGAUUCACAUCGGCCAGGCCGGCGUCCAGAUAGCCAACGCUUGUUGGGAGCUCUUUUGCCUGGAGCAUGGCAUCUUGGCCAAUGGAAGACUUAUGCAAACGCCACUCGAUGACUCGUUUCUGACCUUCUUUGAGUUCACCAGCAGUCAUCCAUGUGUACAGCCUCGCAUUGUGAUGAUCGACACGGAACCCACAGUUAUCGAUGAAAUCCGUUCGGGUUCCUAUCGCAAUCUCUUCCAUCCGGAUACCUUGAUCUCUGGCAAAGAUGAUAGCGGCAGUAACUUUGCCAGGGGCUAUAAUCUGAUGGCCAGUGAGCUGUUGGAACGAUCUAUGAAUGCCAUUCGUCGAGUGGCCGAUCGCUGUAGGAAUCUCAGGGGCUUCCUAGUCUUCCGGGCAAUUGGUGGAGGUUCUGGUUCUGGACUAGGCACCCGUAUUAUGGAGAGACUCGUGGAUGACUUUGGCAAAAAGAUGACUGUUGUGGAGUUUCUAGUGUAUCCCUCACCUUCGAUCUCCCCGGUUAUUGUGGAGCCCUAUAACGCCCUGUUGGCCGCCCACUUCUCCAUGGACUGCACUGAUGUGUCGUUUAUAGUAGACAAUGAGGCACUGUACGAUAUAUGUGCGAAUACGCUUAAUGUCCCGGCACCCACAUACACAAAUCUCAACCGAAUCAUCGCCCAAGUGGUAUCAAGUUUUACAGCCUCACAGCGAUUUGGCGGAGGAUCGACCGUGAGUUUCCAGGAGUUGCAAACGAAUUUGGUGCCAUAUCCACGUAUCCAUUAUCCGUUGAUCAACUAUGCCCCUUUGGUUCCCAUUUCGCAUUCGCAAUUUGUUAAUAUGUCGACGGCCCAGCUAACUGGUCAGUGCUUCCAGAUGAGCAACCAAAUGGUUAGGUGUAAUCCAUGUCAUGGCAAGUACAUGGCAAGUGUACUCCUUUACCGCGGUGAUGUCGCCCCCAAUGAGAUCAGUUCGGCCCUGGACAGCAUUAAGAGGAACAGGUCUUUCAGAUUUGUCGACUGGUCGCCCACAGGCUUUAAGAUCGGCGUAUGUCCCAUGCCUCCGUAUUAUGUACCUGGCGGUGAUCUGGCGCCCACCAAUCGCGCCUGCGCGGCCAUCUCGAACAACACGAACAUCCGGAUCGCCUGGUGCCGCCUGGUCAACAAGUUCGACAAGCUAUAUCAACGGCGAGCCUUCGUUUAUCAUUAUGUGGGCGAAGGGCUCGAGGAGGGCAACUUCAACGAGGCAUCCGAGAAUAUUUGCCAACUGGUGCAUGACUAUCUGGAGGUGGAUGCAUCGGCUCCUACGUCACGUCGCGAAUCCGAUCCGGAUGAAGAUGACUGAACCAAAAUUCUUUAUAAUAAAUUCUCUGUAUAAAAAUAUA